AUGAGUAAUGGGUAUUUAAGACCUAGAAUAUUCUAUUUAGAGCAUGCAAGCAAAGUUGAAGAGCUGUUGGACUUCAUAGGUGGAGCAUCUACCAAAAGUAUCUUGUUGAUAUUGCUGUAUGGUGAUAUUGUUGUUACAGGAUAUGAGCCUCCAAACACAUGCAUAGUUCUUGAAAAAGAUGAGCCUUUUAAAGCUACUAUGAAACCAUUAUCUAACAUAUCAUUGAGCAAUAUUGGAUUUAGUCUCCAUAGCAGGCCUGAUUACCUCAAUGCCACUGUUUGCUUCUCAUUGGCCGCCAUAUCAUAUAAUGAUAAACAUGAAGCUUGGGAGCCUCUUGUUGAACCUGUUGAUGGUGUCUUAAGAAUUGUUGAAGCUUUAUUGGAUGGAGCUGCUGCUACUAAACGUGAGGUUGUUGUUGCAACUCUUGGUCAGGUUGUACAGAGCACAGGUUAUGUGAUAGCUCCAUAUAAUGAGUACCCACAGUUGGGCUUACUUUUAAAAUUGUUGAAUAGUGAGCUGGCAUGGUCUACAAGGAGUGAAGUUCUUAUGGUUCUUGGAAUAAUGGGUGCUUUGGAUCCUCAUGUUCAUAAGCGUAAUCAACAAAGCUUGCAAGGGCCUCUGGGUGAUGGGACCCAUGCAACCAAUGAUACAGGCCCACAUAUCCAGUCUAGUGAUGAGUUGCCAAUGGAUUUUUGGCCAUCAUUUGCAACAUCAGAAGAUUAUUUCUCCACUGUUGCUAUCAGUUCUUUAAUUCGGAUACUUAGAGACCCUUAUCUUUCUAGUUAUCAUCAAAAAGUCGUUGGCUCUCUCAUGUUUAUUUUCAAGUCAAUGGGUCUUGGCUGUGUGCCUUACUUGCCAAAGGUUUUACUAGACUUCUUUCACACUAUCUGUACGUGUGAAGAUACUCUCAAGGAGUUCAUAACUUGGAAGCUUGGAACUCUUGUUUCAAUUGUGCGCCAGAUCCUGCACCUAGUUGAACAAAUUUGUAUAGCCCUGAAAGAUGAAUUCAGGAGAUAUGUUCCUAUAAUUCUUUGUACAAUGCACAUGUGUCAAAGGGAAAUAAUAAAAAACGAUGAGCUAAGAAAGGAUGUUGUUGAUGCACUCUGUUGUUUGGCACAUGCACUUGGGGAGGACUUUACCAUUUUCAUCCCAUUAAUUCACAAACUUCUUAUAAAGCAUCGCUUGCGGCACAAGGAAUUUGAUGAGAUUGAGGGGCGAUUACAAAGGCGUAGACCUUUAAUUGUUGCAAGUGUAGCAGCACCAAAGUCAAUCUGACAGCCUCCUGUGGAGGUUAUUAGUGAUCCUUUGAGUGAUAUGGAGAAUGAUCCUUAUGAAGAUGUUCACAAACAAC